UGGCCAGGUCGAAGCCAUUUAUUUGCUGACAGCCCCGUCACAUGAAUGGUUGUCUAUUAACUUGUUCAAAAACUAUCUGGAGUUGUCAAGGCUCAGGCGGACAGAGGCGAAAAAGUAGUUUGUUGAUGCUUUUUCGGGGAAGCGACUGGAGAAGUUUUGUGGACACAACAUAGCAGGGACCUUUUGGGAGAAGGCUCUUUGUCACUCAUACACACAAGCUCUGACACACACUCACCGAGAGGAAGAGAGAGUGAGAGUGUGUGGAGACGCGGCUUGAGGCUGGUUGUUUUUGUCCAGAGAAAAAGUUGCAGAGAAAAAUCGACAGGUAACUUUUCCUCCUCACUGUCCUCUCUUUGGCUUGUGGAGUUUGUCUCUGUGUGUGUGUUUUUUUUUCCUCUGCUCGGGAGCUCCAACUAAAAGCUGUUCCUGAUGUAUAACAUGAUGGAGACUGAACUGAAACCCCCAGCUCCCCAGACCAACACGGGGGGCUCGGGCAACACCAACACGUCUGGCAACGGCCCCAACCAGAAAAACAGUCCGGAGCGGGUCAAGAGACCCAUGAACGCGUUCAUGGUGUGGUCCCGGGGCCAGAGGAGGAAGAUGGCCCAGGAAAAUCCCAAAAUGCACAACUCGGAGAUAAGCAAGAGACUGGGCGCCGAGUGGAAACUUCUGUCGGAAAGCGAGAAGAGACCUUUCAUCGACGAAGCCAAGAGGCUCCGGGCCCUGCACAUGAAGGAGCAUCCGGAUUACAAAUACCGGCCCCGGCGGAAAACCAAGACCCUCAUGAAGAAGGACAAGUACACCUUGCCCGGCGGGCUGCUGUCUCCCGGAGGGAACGGGAUGGGAGCUGGGGUCGGGGUGGGGGCCGGGCUGGGCGGUGGGGUGAACCAGCGGAUGGACAGCUACGCGGCGCAUAUGAACGGCUGGACCAACGGCGGCUACGGCAUGAUGCAAGACCAGCUGAGCUACCAGCACCCGGGGCUGAACGCGCACAACCCGAGCCAGAUGCAGUCCAUGCACCGCUACGACAUGAGCGCCCUGCAGUACAACAGCAUGACCAGCUCCCAAAGCUACAUGAACGGCUCCCCGACAUACUCCAUGUCCUAUUCCCAGCAAACCACGCCGGGGAUGACCACCCUGGGCUCCAUGGGGCCCUCCUCGGUGGUGAAGUCCGAGUCCAGCAGCUCCAGCCCGCCCGUCGUCACCUCGUCUUCCCACCGGGCCGGGCCGGGCUGCCAAAGCGGAGAUCUGAGAGACAUGAUCAGCAUGUACCUUCCCGGGGCGGAGGUCAGCGAUCAGACCGCCCAGACCAGGCUACACAUGUCCGGCCACUACCAGAGCGCCGUGCCCGGGACGACGAUCAACGGCACGUUGCCGUUAACACACAUGUAAGAGACACAAAGCAGAGAGAGAAAAGAGAGAGAGAGAGAGAAAAAAAAGAACUUUUAUAAGAGAAACUGUGGACUAUUAACGUUGGACUAUUUUUGUACAGAAAAAUUUCGGGGUGGGAAAAGUUGUAUAGAAGUCUCCAGGAAAAAGGACACACGACUCUUUUUUUUCUUUCAUUUUAUUCUAAAGAAGCUCUAGAGGAACGGUAGGAGAUCCCCUCUUCACUGGUGGAUGAAGUUUGGAAGACUAGAAAGUGGGAGUCGCAAUCAAAUGUUUUAUUAUUGCAAUCACCUUUUUGUACAGUAUUUAUCAAAGAAACAUUACAAUCAGAUGAAAUUGUUUGUUAAACUGCAAGAGGUUGCAUUUUUCUUUUUCUAUUUUUUUUUUUAAUAUAAAGCAACGCCAGUUCUGCAGAAAAUAUAAAAAGUGAAGAUGGCAGAACUGGAAUGAUGUGGGAGCGAUCAGUUAUGCUCCUUUUAUUACUGCAAACAUUGGAAAGAAAAGGGACAUAAAAACGAAGCAGGUAAUACUGUGUUUCCAUUUAAGGUCAAUAUUACUAAACAUUUUAAUUUCUUAAAAAAAAAAAAGUUAAGACACUUGUUUUCUCAUACAGCUUAAAAUAUAGGUUGUUAAUUUAUAUUUCCGUCUCCCACUUUUCAUCUGUUAGAGGUAUGACACUUGUGCUCUUUAUUUUCUAAUUGAUUUGUACAAUUUUCUGUAUAUUUACUGUGAUAUUUCAAGUUUUUAUUUCGAAAUUCAUUCCCGUAGUUGUAUUUUAAAAAGUGUGGCCUGUACGCAGAAGCCAACCACUCCAUGUAUAUAUAUACCGGAACUAAUACCAUCCUUAUAACAGUUACAAUUUCAGCUGAGUAUAUUUUUUUUUCAAUAUGCAGUUUGAAAUGAAUAAAUUUUGGAAAUUUGGAUACUUGAAA